AUGUUCUCCAAGACCACCCUCUUCGCCACUUCACUCGCUGCCGCCGCUGCCAGCGUAGUCGCUCGUCCCCAGGAUGUCUGGAACCUUAAGAUCCCCUCACUUGCCGCUGAUGGACACGCCCUCGUCGAUAUCAGCGAGGCCUCCCAGGUCGUCCUCGCCAAGAGCAAUGUCUUAAGCUCAAUCGACCCGCUCUCCCAAGGCUUUGAUCUUCAUGCGAAUCAUGCCUGCUUCGUCCCCAUCCCCAUUCCAGUGGACACCGUUGCCGGCGACGAUCACUCUGUCGCCCAUGGGUACCGUCGUUUUGAUGUGGCAGUCUGA